AUUUUAAAUCCAGGCGGUUAAAAAAAAAUAAACGGAAGCGCAGAAACACAGACACAAGAGUACAACAAUCGUGAUGCAGAAUAAAGAGAAUAAGGGACCGAGAGUCUUCCAAACACAGGUUGCUACUGUUGGUCCUCUCAGAGUCGGCAUGAAUCCAGACACACACACUCUUUCAGGUCCUGGGAGAGUUCCCGUGAAGUCCAACACAAAGAGGUUCUCCAUCAAAGACUUCGACAUCGGCCGUCCGCUGGGGAAGGGCAAGUUUGGUAACGUGUAUCUGGCGCGCGAGCGGAAGCUGAAGGUGAUCGUGGCUCUGAAGGUGCUCUUCAAGUCUCAGAUGGAGAAGGAAGGAGUGGAGCAUCAGCUGCGGAGAGAGAUCGAGAUCCAGUCUCACCUCAGGCACCCCAACAUCCUGCGCUUCUACAACUACUUCCAGGACAGCACGCGAGUGUUUCUGGUUCUGGAGUUCGCUCCUCGAGGAGAGAUGUACAAAGAGCUGCAGCGCUGCGGACGCUUCGACGACCAGCGCACGGCCACCUACAUGGAGGAGCUGGCGGACGCUCUUCUGUACUGUCACGAGAAGAAGGUGAUCCACAGAGACAUUAAACCGGAGAACCUUCUGCUGGGAUUCAGAGGAGAGCUCAAGAUCGCAGACUUCGGCUGGUCCGUCCACGCGCCCUCUCUCAGACGGCGGACCAUGUGUGGGACUCUGGACUAUCUUCCUCCAGAGAUGAUCGAGGGUCACACUCACGAUGAGAAGGUGGAUCUGUGGUGCAUCGGUGUGUUGUGUUACGAGUGUCUGGUGGGGAACCCUCCGUUCGAGACGGCCAGCCACACAGAGACAUACAAGCGCAUCACUAAGGUGGAUCUUCAGUUCCCCAAGCUGGUGUCUGACGGUGCUCGUGAUCUGAUCUCCAAGCUGCUGCGUCACAGUCCAUCCAUGCGUCUGCCGCUCAGGAGCGUGAUGGAGCAUCCCUGGGUCAAAGCCAACUCACGCCGCGUCCUGCCGCCCGUCUGCAACACAAACCACUGACACACACUGCUCCAGGACCUGUUUGAGACACGCCGGGUCCUGCCGCCCGUCUGCAACACACACCACUGACACAAACCGCUCCAGGACCUGUUUGAGACACACAGGCCUGCUGUGAGAGCUGCAUGUCACACUGUCAGAAACACCUGAUCGAGGGCCGGAUUCACUCUGUGUGUGUGUGUGUGUGUGUGUGUGUGUGUGUGACCGUUAACACUCUGUUUCACUCUGUCUUGUCUCACUGUUGUGUUCAUAUCCAUGUUUUACAGUCUUCUGUGAAUGUGUGUCUUAUACGGAGUCUCUCAGACAUACAAAUAAAAUCCUUUGUAUGUUUGGAGUUGAUUUGCACAAACUCAAGUGAUUAUUAAACUGCUUUAAAACAUA